CUCUGUACAACAAAAUGGUCCUCACUUGAAAAUUGUUGAAGUAGUGUUGGAGGAGUUCACCGGACAAAUUAUGUACCUUCCAUGUAACAAUAACUUUCAAAUAAAGGGGCAAAACUCCUGCAAGAGAGGUCAAAAAGGAUCAAAAUUGCAACAUGCUCUAGAGUGAUCCACAAAGAAGCUACAUAUCAAAUAUCAGCUUGAUAUGUGACAGAGAAAAAAAAUAAAAAACUGAAAACUCCGAACAAAUGGAUGGACGGACGUACGGACACCGCUUUACCAUAAUAUGUCCCGUUUAGAGACGGAUGUAUAAAAUUUGAGGACGUUUUACCAAAUGUUUAAUGUUCAUUAUUAUGUACACGUUUUGAGCCUUCCAUUGAAUAUUUCUUCACCCUUUUCCUAUCAGGUGAUGGUGUAUUUCUUAACUUUGAAUACCACAUGUAUGGUACACAGAUUAACACCUUGAACAUCAAUAUCUCCACUCCUGUCAGCGGUAAUAAAAGGCUUUGGUCGAGGAAUGGGGCACAAGGAAAUCAGUGGCACCAGGCCUAUGUUUCAUUGCCGAGGAGCUCUUCUUUAAAGAUAAUUAUUGAGGCAAUACAAGGGAACUCUUAUCAAGGUGAUAUAGCCAUUGACAAAGUGAAUAUUCAAAAUAUAUCUUACGAUGGUGUUACCAUUUAUCCUAUCGACGGGAGCACUCUAACGGGUGAUGAUCGAUCAACGUCCAUCACUGUUUCGCGUGGUAUACCAUUUGGAAAAGCUACUUUUAAGAAAGUUUAUCUGACCACCAAUGGACUCGUAACAUUCAACAAGUCAGUGACUGCAUAUACACCUGCACUUGACUCGUCCUAUCCGUUCUUGGCUCCCUACUGGACUGAUCUUUAUCGUUCAUGGAAUGAAAUGGGCAGCGUAUACUACAAAGUCUACAGAAACACGUCAGAGCUGCGUAAAGCAUCUACUGAUGUACAAAAGUUUAGCAGAAUAACUUACUUUCAAGCCGAAUGGAUGUUGGUGGCAACUUGGAAUAAUGCGAUGUUUUCCUCCGAUAGCAUUACUGUGCAGUGUGUCGUGAUUACAGAUUAUAUAUCUACACAUGUAAUCUUCCAUUAUGUCAACGUGAACGUUAAAUAUCGGGGCAAUAAUGUAGGAAUUGGAUUUAACAAUGGAGCUCUUGUAAGAAACCCAUACUCCCAAAGUCCUAGUACACAUCAGAUGAGCACCCAUAUCGGAAAUACAGGAUUGGUUGGACUUUGGUUCUACACAGUGACCCAGGACGGAAAUGAUUGCGUCUCGGGACCGUGUGAACAUGGUGGCAUUUGUGAGGAUUUGUACAGAGAUUUUCGUUGUCACUGCUCCGAUGCUUUUAAUGGGAAACAAUGUCAAACAGAUGUUGAUGAGUGCACUACUUCGGCACCAUGUCUUAAUGGUGGUAGUUGCGUCAACAACCAUGGCUCAUUUACAUGCAUCUGUUUAUCAGAGUGGACGGGAUCGAAGUGUGAACAGGAUUGGGCAAUCCCUACAAAGAAAGAAGAGGUAUCUCUAGCAGGUGUUCGCCAUUAUCCUAUCGAGGGAAACACUCUGAUGGGAGACGACCAGUCAACGCCUUUUAUUGUUUCGCGUGGUAUACCGAUAGGAAAUGACAUUUUUUCUAGUGUUUAUUUGAGCACAAAUGGACUCGUAACAUUCAACAAGUCAGUGACUGCAUAUCAACCUGCACUCAACUCGUCCUAUCCGUUUUUGGCUCCCUACUGGACCAACCUUAUUCCUCUUGGGAAUGAAGAGGGCAGUUUGUACUACAAAGAUUACACAAACACGUCAGUGCUGCUUAGAGCAUCUACCGAUGUACAAAAGUUCAGCAGAAUGACUUCCUUCCAAGCCGAAUGGAUGUUGGUGGCAACAUGGAAUAACACGAAGUUUCCCUCUGAUUCUGAUAGGGUUACAGUGCAGUGUGUCGUGAUUACAGAUUAUAUAUCUACACACGUAAUCUUCCAUUAUGUCAACGUGAACAUUAAGUAUCGGGGCAGCAAUGUAGGAAUUGGAUUUAACAAUGGAACUCUUGUAAGAAAUCCAUACUCCCUAAGUCCUAGUACACAUCAAAUGAGCACCCAUAUCGGGAAUACAGGAUUGCUUGGACUUUGGUUCUACACAGUGACCCAGGGCGGAAAUGAAUGCGCCCCGGGACCUUGUCAACAUGGUGGGGUUUGUGAGGAUUUGUACGGAGAUUUUCGUUGUCACUGCUCCGAUGCUUUUACAGGGAAACGAUGUCAAACAGAUGUUGAUGAGUGCGUUACAUCGGCGCCAUGUCUUAAUGGUGGUAGUUGCGUCAACAACCAUGGCUCUUUUACAUGCAUCUGUUUAUCAGGAUGGACGGGAUCGAAGUGUGAACAGGAUUGGGCAAAAGAAGAGGUCUCUGUAACAGGUAUUCGCCAAUAUCCUAUCGAGGGAAACACUCUAACGGGUGACGACCAGUCAACGUCCAUCACUGUUUCGCUUGGAAUACCAAUAGGAAAUGACACUUUUCAUAGAGUUUAUCUGAGCACAAAUGGACUCGUAACAUUCAACGAGCCAAGCACUGCACAUCAACCUGCACUCGACUCGUCCUAUCCGUUUUUGGCUCCCUUCUGGUCUGACCUUUAUCCUUUAGGAAAUGAAGAGGGCAGAUUGUACUACAAUGUCUACACAGCCGCGUCAGAGCUUCGUAAAGCAUCUACCGAUGUACAAAGGUUUAGCAGAUUUACUUCCUUCCAAGCCGAAUGGGUGUUGGUGGCAACAUGGAAUAACACGAAGUUUCCUUCUACUUCUGAUAGGAUUACUGUGCAGUGUGUCGUGGUGACAGAUUAUUUAUCUACACAUAUAAUCUUCCAUUACAUCAACGUGGACAUUACGUAUCGGGGCAAGAAUGUAGGAAUUGGAUUUAACAAUGGAACUCUUGUAACAAACCCAUACUCCCUAACACCUGGUACAUAUCAGAUGAGCACCCAUAUCGGGAAUACAGGAUUGUUUGGACUUUGGUUCUAUACAGUGGCAGUGACCCAGGGUGUUCGCCAGUAUCCUAUCGAGGGGAACACUCUUACGGGUGACGACCAGUCAACGUCCAUCACUGUUUCGCGUGGUAUACCGAUAGGAAAGGACACUUAUUAUAGAGUUUAUCUGAGCACCAAUGGACUCGUGACAUUCAGCAAGUCAGUGACGACAUAUCAGCCUGCACUCGACUCGUCCUAUCCGUUUUUGGCUCCCUAUUGGACUAACCUUAUUCCUUUGGGGAAUGAAGAGGGUAGUCUAUACUACAACGUCUACACAGCCACGUCAGAGCUUCGGAAAGCAUCUAUCGAUGUACGAAAGUUUAGCAGAAUUACUUCCUUCCAAGCCGAAUGGAUGCUGGUGGCAACUUGGAAUAAUACGAAGUUUUCCUCUGAUAGGGUUACUGUGCAGUGUGUUGUGGUGACAGAUUAUAUAUCUACACAUGUAAUCUUCGAAUAUGUCAACGUUAACAUUACGUAUCGGGGCAGCAAUGUAGGAAUUGGAUUUAACAAUGGAACUCUAGUAAGAAACCCAUAUUCCCUAACACCUAGUACACAUCAGAUGAGUAUCCAUAUCGGGAAUACAGGGUUGUUUGGACUUUGGUUCUACACAGUGACCCAGGACGAAAAUUAUUGCGUCUCAAGACCUUGUGAACAUGGAGGGGCUUGUGAGGAUUUGUAUGGAGAUUAUCGCUGUCACUGCUCCGAUGCUUUUACAGGGAAACAAUGUCAAACAGAUGUUGAUGAGUGCGUUACUUCGGCGCCAUGUCUUAAUGAUGGUAGUUGCGUCAACACCUUUGGCACAUUUACAUGCAAAUGUUUAUCAGGAUGGACGGGAUCGAUGUGUGAAAAGGGUGUUACAGGCGUUAAUGCUGUGGAGGUUGUCUUGGGCGUAUCCCUAGCUCUUGCGUUUUUGUUUAUUGUGGCACUGAUUAAGAUCAGAAGACACCGGUAGAAUGUAAAUAUAUCUCCAUUCAUGUAUCUUUUCCCGACGAAAAUGUUCCUAAAUAAUACAAAUAUAUACUUUGUAUCAAAAAUCAUAUUCAUCAGAAAUCAGGAUCAACCAGUUACCGCAACCUGUCAACUUACGAAACCAUCACUGUAUUGAACACAGACGAAGUAAACUCACAAAUUUAUGCAAACCCGUUAUUUAGUUCAAAUGUCCGUAAGUGAACACGUUAACUCAAAUAAUGUUAGAAACAAAAUGCUACAUGUAUCAAUUUACUUUCGGAAGGUCGGUGGUCUCUUCCCAGGUACAUUGUAUCUGUGUUCUCUCUUCCACCAAUAAAACUGGGCGCCACCAGAUAACUGAAAAAUUGUUGAGUGUGGCGGAAAACAGCAAAUCAAUCAAUCAAUCACGCCUCUCUGAGGAUCUUGUAUAGGAGAUAAGGCAAAUAUCAACAUAGGUCUUUCUCAUACAUGUACCUUGAAUUUCAAUCAAAGAAAUCUGGUGCCAAGAACACUUAUCAUCGUUAUGCGUCUUUGUUAUAACUAUUACGUUACGUAGUGUUAAUUAUAUAACUAUUACGGACAGUGAACGUGAGAAAAUGUGUCACAAUGGUACUUGUAAAUGAAAACUUUUAUGUAACAUGUUCAUUGUUUAUGUUUUAUAUUUUGUCUUGAUUUGGGUACGGAGACAAUGGUAAACAAGGGAUGUUUGUAAAACACAUAUGCCCCUAUGGUGCAAAAUUGAAAAGGGUUAUACACACACAUGAUUUAAUUGAUAGUAGUAUCAUCAAUUCAAAAUAUUGAGCAGACAAUAUCUUCCUAUCUCAAGAGUGGAUUGACCUUUGACCUAAAAACCAAUAAGGGUCAUCUACUCCUUAUGGUGUACCAAGUUUGGUGUCAAUCAAGCAAAUGAUUCUUAAAAUAUAGGAGACAAUAUAUUACUAUGUCCAGUUCAACCACUGCCAUUUGACCUACAUACAUGUAUCAAUAGGGGUCAUCUUUUCCUAAACAUGUGCCAGUGUACUAACAAGCAAAGAGUUCCCAAGAUAUUGAGUGGACAGUAUAUUACUAUGUCCAGUAUGAUUCUUGACCUUUGACCAUGUCACCUCAAAAUCAAUAGGGGUCAUCUACGUCUGCAGAUCUACCAGUGUACAAAGUUUGAUGUCUGUCAAGCAAAGGGUUCUCAAGAUAUUGAGUGGACAGUAUAUUACUAUGUCCAAUUUGGCCCUUGACUUUUAAUCAUGUGACCUAAAAUCAAUAGGGGUCAUCUUCUCCUAACGAUGUACCAGUGUACUAAGUUUGAUGUCUGUCAAGCAAAGGGUUCUCAAGACAUUGAGCAGACAGUAUAUUCCAUUGUCCAGUUUGACAUUUGACAAUGUGACUUCAAAAUUAAUAGGGGUCAUCUGCUUUUAAAGAUAUACCAGUGCAUAAAGUUUGAUGUCUGUCAAGCAAAGGAUUCUCUAGACAUUGAGUGGAUAGUAUAUUCCUAUGUACAGCUUGACCUUUGACAAUGUGACCUCAAAAUCUAUAGGGGUCAUCUACUCCUAAGCUUGACCUUUUGACCUGAAAAAGAGUAGGGGUCCUCUUCUACUUAUAUCCAACCCACAUAUGAAAUAUCAUUAUCAUUAAGUGAAUGGCUCUCAAGAUAUUGAGCGGAGAACAUGUGGUCUACCGACCGACAUGUGCAAAGCACUAUGCCCCUCUUCUUUGAAGGGGAGGGGCAUGAUAAUAACUUUUAUGUGACGUGUUUAUUUUGUAUAUUUCAUAUUUGUCUGAUAUUGGGUACCGGAAAAUGUCUGCUUUGAGGCACUAGUUUAGUCUGUUAUAUAUAACUUCGUCGUCUUAAAAAUAAAUUAUGACUUUUUUCCCUUGUUUUCACUUUAAAACAUAAUUUUUUAAAACUUGCCCUCCCUCCCCCCUUCUUUAGGAUGCUCCACAUGUGUAUAUUUUCUUAUCAUUGUUGCUUCUGGGUUGAAGUAGAUGGUGUAAUAUUUUGUUCUAGGGUCCAGUGCUUAGCAUAUUCCAUGCUUGACUAAUCACAUCAUGCGGUUAGGACGCUUUGGUCACUCGGAGUAGACAUGCCGCACAUUUUGUUUACUGAGAGAAUUGAUUUUAUACCCGCCAUCCCCUUCCUCGUUUGUAAUGCUUAUAUGACAGUGUGGACGGCUUGAUUUAUUUGUAAAACCCACCUUAUUUAAUUGCAGAUAGCUCUAUUUCAUUAUGUGGUGUUGGGGUGAGAUAGCAUCACCAUACCCAGGAGAUACACAUGUUCAGAGUCUUUCUGAUCCCCCUCACUAGUUUAGUCUGUUAUAUAACUUCGUCAGCUUAAAAAUGAAUUGACUUUUUUCAAUUCACAUCAAUGUCCUGUUUUCACUGCCUUUAUCAAGUAUAUAUAACAAGCAAAGGUUUACUUGGGAAGAUCAUAUUGAGUAAGGAACAUAAAUACUAUAUUUAGCAGAUCUGAAUCUAAGUAAUCAUUGAGUGAAACAUGGUUGUGAUAACUCUAUACAACAUGUCCAUGUUACGCGCACUAAAUACCGGUAUAAAGGAGUUAUGCAACACAACACUCUCACUUUGCCCCUAUGUAUAAUGUUAACAGUGGUUUUAUACUGCAUACUACACACCAUUCCAUCACUGUUGUACAAACAUUUCAUUUUAAAUGUAAAGUCAAUAGUUUAGCAAGAUAAAUAAGAAGUUUUUUUUAAUCACUUCCGUUUUUCGUUCUUCUGUUAUUUUACUCCACUUAAUAUUCUUAGACCAGUGAUAAAAACAAAGUGUUUACAUGUUUCUAUGGAAAGCGCAGAGUAAAUACUAAUAUUUAACAUUGUAGUGUUAGAAAUCAAGUGAGUGAUUUAAAUGAUAAUAAUUUCCAUCUCUUCCUUAUGGAUGACACAUUAUGUAAUCUUUGUUGAACAUAAUUAUGAAGAUAGCGUUUAUUGCCUUUAUCUUUUAAUGUUUUAUUUAUUUAUUUUCUAUGUAUUAUGUGUAUAACAUUCUGUUGUAAGGCAUAUAUGCAUUGUAAAGUACCUUUGAGCGUACAUAGUGUAUGAAAAGGGUGCUAUAUAAAUAUGGUAUUAUUAUUUAUUUAUUAUUAUUAUUUCCAGAAAGAAGCGACUAAUUAAAUCGUGUCUGUACAUUCGUGAAUGUUUCAGUAAUGAUUUGUCUAUAGAUGAAAUCAAAAUACUAUUAAUGACGUAGACAUACAUGUAUAUAUGCCUAAUUAAGAGUUUUGAUUAUUCUACAUAGUUGUAUCGUAUUGCUAGUAUUCAGUAUCUUAAGAUGUAUAAUUUGUACCUCGUGUGUUAAGCAUGAAUUAUGUAAAAAAAAAAAAAAAAAAAAAUUACCUCGUGUGUUGAACAUGAAAUAUGUAUAAUUUGUAUCUCGUGUGUUAAACAUGAAUUAUGUAUAA